AGCUAGGAAAAACGCUGAGUUCCACGUGGCUCUGCUCAUGGCGCGAAGCCUCCCAAAUUCCGUGCACUCAUCGGUGAUCGUACCACGAGCUCAACUCAAUUCUUCCCCCACCGGCCCACCCAACCUCAAUUCUCAGCUCUGCAUCAUUUCUAAAAUUUCCUUUUCCUUCUUUUGUUUUGGAAGAUAAAAAGAAAUGACUUCUCUUGUUGCACACUAUCUCCGGCGGCAAAUUUAUCAAAUUUCAGUUCAAAUAAACCACAGCAAAGCUAAAAACUGCUUGUAUCCGAGUCGUAGAACUCGGUGGUUCAGUAGCGGCACUGAGUCGGCUGGGACCGAGUUCCCCGGAGACAACGCGUACGACCUCUUAGGAGUUUCACAGACCAGCUCAUUCGCCGAAAUCAAAGCCUCGUUUCACAAACUCGCUAAAGAAACUCAUCCGGACCUCGCUGAGUCGAAGAACGAUUUCUCUGCUUCUCAGCGGUUUGUGGAAAUUCUCGCGGCCUAUGAGAUUCUUUCGGAUUCUGAGAAGAGGACCCAUUAUGACAGGUAUCUGAUAUCUCAGAGAAGGCUUAUGCAGAAACAUUCACAACAAGGAACAAGAAUAUCCACAUAUAAGCCCCAUGAUGUGACGACAUUUAAGCAAAUGGAAGUUGUUGAAUGGUUAAGGUGGUAUAGAUUUGCUAUAAAUGAUAUAGUGUCAAAUAAGAAGGUGGUUGUUGGAACAGGCUAUUUUGAUGAGCUUGAAAGGGAUUUUUAUUCUGCCAUAAAUGCAGCGUACUAUGGCCCUAUAAUUGAUUCAAUGGAUCUUCUUCCUGACCGCUUUGAAGCUGAGGAGAGAUCUGUUUAUGAAACUCCUGAGGUUCUGCACUUGGUUUCAGGGCGUGAUCUUUUUGGGAUGGUCUGCUUGGUCAAUAAACUUCCCAAAUUAUCUUUUUCCAGCAAUGAAAAAUUAACUUCAUUUGCAUCUAUGGGUUCAGGCAUGCGUCCUACAUUUGAGGAUAUGAGCAUCCACAUGAAAUCGGAUAAUGUGGACGAUUUUGGAACUCCUUUGAUGGAAUCUCAGAAUGUUACAGAUCACACAUCAGAUGCAUAUAAAGAUCUAGAAUUACAUAUAUUUGGGAGGCUGGUUGCUGUGGCUACUAGACUCCCUCCUAAAAGCUAUUGCAAUGGGGUACACAAUGAAGAUGCUCAAGACCAGAUACAUGUAUUUCUUAGUUCACAAGAAGAUCCAUCCAUGCAUAUUUGUGAAGGGUCCUCUAUAGAUCAGUUUUCUUGUGGUGCAGUUGGAACAAGGAUUCCAUUGGGAACCAUAACUGGACUAGGGGCUGGCCCAGAAGAAGGGUCUUGCUUUGUCUAUGAUAGCAGUGGUACAAAAACCCAUGUGCUUAUGAAACAUAGAACAUUGCUGGUUAAACACAUGCACUGGUUUGGAGUGGGAGAAGAAGUUUCUGUGUGUGAAUGUAGAUGCAGUAGAGCCCGUUUACCCCCAAGCAAAUUUUGGCUGUUCGAGCCUCGCAGUGCCAUGCAUGACAUUGGUGGUUGGUAUGUUGAAACAUUCGGCAGAGAUAAGAAAGGCCACACAGUCCUAUCACAAAGGCAUUGGGACGGAUUUGAUGCAGGUGAAGAGUUUGACAAGAGGCUCCAUCCAGCAAUGUAUUUGUUUUCUCUUGCAUAUAGAACUCUAGAUCUUGAAGAUGCCCAAAGAAGGAAAUCAAUGGUCAGGGAUGCUGUUGAAGGGCAGCUGUAUAGAAUUCUCAGUUGGUGCAAGAAAAUUGUUUAGGAUGGAUACCACAUAGCCUUCUGAUGCUAUAAAUGCUUCAUUUCUGAUCUGAGAUGACUAUCUGUUGAUUAGCAUUCAUAUUCAAUUGCACAAGAGUUUCAGGAAGCAGAGUUGCACUGACUG